GCGCGAACGCGCGUAUUCUAAUUUCAAACGUGUUUUAAAAUAUCGAAGUGUUUAUUGUUUAAAACAUAAUAAAGUGUUUAUUUAUUUUUUUGUCAUUGUCACUUGGUGUAUGAUUGUGCAGCUAUAUUUAUUUAUAUAUAAUCUGGAAUUUAUGAGUUAAGAUCUUGGGAAUUUUCAAAGCUUCGAUUUUCAGGAACACAACAACCUCAAUAGCGUCUACUUUUAUUAUUAGAAGAUGUAUUUUAACAAUUUAUUUUACCCUUAAAAUAAAUAUGUUAUAAGUUUAAAGUAGUAAGAUAACGGUGAAACAAUUUCCAAUUAAAAUAAGAAAUACCAAACUAGAACAAUAUAACAAAGUAUGGUGCGAAAGAAAUGCUUUCAAUGAGCUCUGUUCACGCCAAGAUGGAUUUAAUAACUAAAUACUAUUUACAAUUAUAAAACUCAGUGAUGCAAUGAAGAUUAUAGUUUAGGAGCUAGCAGAAUUAAGUGGCAAAAUGUCUACAAGCAACGAGCUGAGUGAUGUGGAAACACCGUCUAAAAUACGGAUGAAACCGGCUGUGAGCAGAAUUUUCUGCUGCAGCGUUACGGCUGCGUCCGGAUUCAUAGCGGCAUAUGCAUUAGUGGCGUAUGCGAUAGCUUUAAUCUACGAGAUAGUGUGGGUGGUAGAGUCUCAGAGUGGUCUACCAAUCCCUUCCGUACUGCUGAUGGUGUGCUACUGUGUCGUCAUAGCGGCCACCGUCAUACUCGUGCACGGACUGAUCUCGAAAAACAACAAAUAUCUAUUGGCGUGGCUGAUUGCAGUCAUAUUAGUGUUAAUUCCUGAAUGUGCUCUAGUCUUCUAUAUGUCCAUUAGUCAUUGGGGUCUUCAAGGCGUGUACGGUGGUGCAGAAUUAGCUUGCUACGUAGCAAGACUUCCCGCUAUAGUCUGUGGUGUUGUUUUAGUGCAGUCCGCUUAUGCGCUAAGGGAAGCCAGGUCUACGGGGUACAAUAAUGGUGCAGCAGUGAGUGGCAGUGAGUUUGACGCGAGUCACUUCGUGCCUGAUGCACCAGCCGCAUUCGCUAACGACGGAUUCAUGCCUGACUCAGGUAAAUCAGGUUCUAUGCCUGAUCUCCGACGCCAUCUUGCGAGUCGCCAAUCAAUGAAUAUGGGCUACCCACCAGUGAUGGUCCAACAACCACCUCCGGCUUACUGGCAACACCUCGCUGAGAGACAAUACGCUGCCAGUCUCAGGGGUUACCCUAAGUCUUACCAAGUACCCCAAAUGUAUGGAACUUGGGUGGGCCCUAGAUCCGGGCCUUACGACAACCCAUACAAACGGCGUCAUUCUAUAGUUGGUGCUUUCAAUAGUGACGAAUACCCAUCCAAAUAUGAAGUAUACGAAGACAGAAUGGAUUGCAAGAGCGAAAUGGCCUAUCCAUAUUAUAGACCUUAUCCGUAUGAACAGAGAAUGUAUCCGGAAUAUGACCCGAGGUUUUAUCCUGAUUAUAAAAGAGAAGAUGCGGCGUAUGGUGUCAACUUAUUAAGACAUGAACCGUAUCGCUUUAGCGGAUCAAGAGACAGAGUCUUCUAUGGACUUAGAAAUAGCCACACAUCUGUAGGCAAUGAAUCUGAUGAUCUAGGAAAAUAUAAAGAUGUAGCGUUAUAAUGGAAAUAGAAAUGUGAAACCAGAGAGCAACCCCUGGGAUUGAUUUGAGUAAGCGAGGGUUAAGUUUGAAUCGACGUAUAUCGUCAGUGUUUAAAAACACAGGAAAAAAAUUAGCUCUCGUUGAUACUUAAAAUAUUCACCUCACUAGCGAGACAGUAUAUUCAGACACAAACUAAUUUCGUUGUGCCUAUGUAAUUUUCGGACAGAAACUGUCUAAAAAUAAUAUAUUAGAUUUCAAGAACUGUUAUAUGUCUAUAUCUACUACGCUAUAGGUGCUACUAUCUAUUAUUCACAAUGUAUCGACUAGUUUGCAAUCUCACUAGAGAGAUAUUAAACUAACGGAAUUCACACUCUUUCGAAGAUAUACACCUAUAUAAAUACAUAUAGUUCAGUGGUCUAGCGGUUACACCGCCUUACUUUCGACGGUUGCGGGAUCUAUUCUUCGCACGAUAGAAUACAUUUUUUAUUUAUGAAUAUGUGUGUUUGUAUUGGUCUGGAUAUUUUUAUGUAUAUUAUGGGUGUAUUUACAAGUAAAUUACCCAAAAUACAAGCUCUACCUAAUUUGAGAAUAGAUGGCACUUUAUUAAUAUUCUGUGCAAAAAUACUGAUUGAAAUAAAAUAUAAGUAGGUAGUUAUUAUUUAAAUUCUGAAGGUUUUGUAAAUCAUUAAAAUUAUUUAGAAAGGGACAAAAUAACUAUAAAUUCAAAUCAUUAAUGAUACUGUUUUAUUAAUCAAGCAACAUUUUCAGUUAGUGAGGUGAAAAAUAUAUUUUUUAUAUUUAUGUGAUACUUCGAUUCCACUGAUAAAGUAAGAUGUUGCGUUGGUACGUAGUAUAUUUAAAAUUUACUAUUGUAUUACCAUAGAUUUCUUUUUCUAUAGUAUAUAACGUUAAAAGCCAUAAUUAUAUUUAAUUGGCCUUAACAAAUGUAAAAUAAAAUCUAUUUGUAGAUAGUUACCUAAUAACCAAAGGUAUAUUUUUAAAAUGAUUAUACAUAGGUACAUAUAGGUAUCUAUAACUUGUAAUUGGAGUCACUACUUUUAAUAUAAUUUUG